AUGGUCCAGAGCGGCAUGUGGAACCCCAGCCACCCAGGCCUCGGUCUCACCCAGUGUUCCUACUACAGCACCAAGGAAGCUGAAGAAGUCCCUCUGGAUACAGAUAAGGUUCUAGAAGCUGAGAAAGCUCCUGCGACGGAGAAAGUUGAAGAAGUAAAGAAUAUUCAAGAAGCAGAGGAUAAAGCACCUGAAGAAGAACCCCUGCACACAAUCACAGACUCAGAGAAUGUCCAAGGCACCUUUUCCAAGCAUGAGUUCCAGGCUGAGACCAAGAAACUCUUGGACAUUGUUGCUAGAUCUCUGUACUCUGAGAAGGAGGUGUUCAUCCGUGAGCUGAUCUCCAAUGGCAGUGACGCCCUGGAGAAGCUGCGCCACCAGCUGAUAACGGGGGGCGACACGGCCCCCAUGGAGAUCCACCUACAGACGGACCAGGCCAAGGGCACCUUCACCAUCCAGGACACAGGAGUUGGGAUGAACCAAGAGGAGCUGGUGGCCAACCUGGGGACUAUCGCUCGCUCUGGAUCCAAGGKUUUCCUGGAUGCCCUGCAGAGCCAGGCGGAGGCCAGCAGCUCCAUCAUUGGMCAGUUUGGCGUGGGCUUCUACUCUGCCUUCAUGGUGGCUGACCGUGUGGACGUCUACUCCCAGUCAGCCGAGCCCAGCAGCCCCGGAUACAAGUGGUCCUCUGAUGGGUCUGGAGUGUUUGAGAUAGCUGAGGCAAGUGGGGUCAGACCAGGCACUAAGAUAGUGCUGCACCUCAAGGAUGACUGCAAGGAGUUCUCUGCUGAGGACAGAGUCAAAGAGGUGGUGACCAAAUACAGCAACUUUGUCAGUUUCCCCAUCUUCCUGAACGGACGACGACUCAACACUCUCCAGGCCCUGUGGAUGAUGGAACCCAAGUCCAUCAGUGAGUGGCAGCACGAGGAGUUCUACCGUUACGUGGCUCAGUCAUACGACAAGCCCCGUUACACACUGCACUACCGCGCUGACGCCCCCGUCAACAUCCGCUCCAUCUUCUACGUCCCAGACGUGAAGCCAUCCAUGUUUGACGUGAGCAGAGAGAUGGGCUCCAGUGUGGCUCUGUACAGCAGGAAGGUUCUCAUCCAGACCAAGGCCACUGAAAUCCUGCCCAAGUGGCUACGCUUCCUUAGAGGUGUGGUGGACAGUGAGGAUAUCCCAUUGAACCUGAGCAGAGAGCUGCUGCAGGAGAGCACCCUCAUCAGGAAGCUGAGGGACGUGCUACAGCAGCGUAUCAUCAGUUCUGAUGGACCAGAGUAAGAAGGAACUGAGAAGUACGCCAAGUUCUUUGAGGACUACGGCUGUUCAUCAGGAGGGUAUCGUCACCACAGCAGGAGCAGGAUGUCAGGGGAGAAGCAGGACGUCAAGGGUGAGACCUGGGUGGGCUGGGACAAGGGAGAGCAGGACGUCAGGGAGGACAUCGGCAAGCUGUUGAGGUUUGAGUCUUCGGCGCUACGGGGCCAGCAGACCAACCUGAAGGAGUACGGCUCCCGUAUGAAGGCCGGGACACGUAACAUCUACUACCUGUGUGCCCCAAACCGCACCUGGCUGAACACUCCCCCUACUUUGGAGGCUAUGAAGCAGAAAGAAUGGAGGUGCUGUUCUGCUAAUGAGCAGUUUGACGAGCUCACCCUCCUGCACCUCAGAGAGUUUGACAAGAAGAAGCUGAUCUCUGUGGAAACAGACAUUGUGGUGGACCACUACAAGGAAGAGAGGUACCAGGACAGCAAGCCAGCCUCUGAGCGUCUGACAGAGGAGCAGGCUGAGGACCUGAUCUCCUGGAUGAGGAACAAUCUGGGAAACAGAGUCACCAACAUCAAGGUGACCCCUCGUCUGGACACCCACCCGGCCAUGAUCACGGUGCUGGAGAUGGGUGCCGCACGCCACUUCCUGCGUACCCAGCAGAUGGCCCGCCAGCACAGAGGAGAGGGCCCAGAUACUGCAGCCACCCUGGAGAUCAACGCUGGUCAUGACCUCAUCAAGAUGAUGCACUCACUGAAGGAGUCCGACUCUGCACUCGCACAACUGCUGCUGGAGCAGAUCUACGACAACGCCAUGAUCGCAGCGGGUCAAGACGACCCCCGACCCAUGAUCGCCCGCCUCAACGUGCUGACCAGAGCGCUGGAGAAACACUGA